CUCAGCGCACUCUUGAUCACUUGAUGCAGCGCUUUUCUCUGGUGCGUGUCUCAGCGUUUGAGUUCGGAAGACUGGGCUCGUCCACCGUCAGUCCUCACUUGUCAGUCAGCAUGAACACCUUCGUCUUCCUCUCUCUGCUCUGCUGCGCUGUUUCAGCUCUCACAGUGGCCGGAAAUGAGGGUGGCCCUGCGAAGAUGCCAACGGCGAGCCAAUUUUACCCGCCCACUCCAGUGAAGCCCACUACAGCCUCAGUGAAGCCCACUCUAGUGCCAGUGAAGCCCACUACAGCCCCAGUGAAGCCCACUGCAGCGCCAGUGAAGCCCACCACUGCAGCCCCAGUGAAGACCACUGCAGCCCCAGUGAAGCCCACCACUGCAGCCCCAGUGAAGCCCACCACUGCAGCACCAGUGAAGCCCACUCUAGUGCCAGUGAAGCCCACCACUGCAGCGCCACGGAAACCCACCACUGCAGCGCCAGUGAAGCCCACUGCAGCCCCAGUGAAGCCCACCACUGCAGCGCCACGGAAACCCACCACUGCAGCACCACCACAGCCUCCAAAGCCCACUCCUCCAACCACGUUGACUGUAGGAAACUACACUGUACAGUCCCAAGACAAAAAAACUGUGUGUCUGAAGGCCCAGAUGGCACUGCAGCUCCGACUGGGUCCUCCAAAGGCCAACAGCACCUUCAUCGUUCAGCCAAACAUAACCAAGGCAGCAGGAUACUGCCAAGAAACCAAAGCCAACCUGACUCUGCUCUUCAAAGAGGGCCACAUCACGUUCAUGUUCAAUAAGAGUGUCUCUAGCAAUACAGUCUACGUGGACUCGGUGGAUUUCAAGAUUAUCUACCCAUUAAAUAAAACUCAUCCCGACAACUCUGGCAGAAAUGCCUCCAUGCAUUUGUUUUCUGCAAAAAUUGGAAAUUCGUACUCCUGCAGGGAGGAAUCUGUCUUCAUGGGAAACAAUUUCUACCUGGACGUCUCCAAAGACCGAAUCCAGGCCUUCAACUUCUCCAAGAGCAAUGACUUUGGCUUCCCCGACCACUGCCCUGCUGACCAGCCAGACUACCGCAUCCCUGUGGCCGUGGGACUGACACUGCUGGUGCUGAUCCUGAUCGUGCUGGUCGCCUACCUACUGGGCCGUCGCAAGAGAAGCGACGGCUACCAGACUCUGUGAGCCCACAGGUCCAAUGUUCCUUAAGUCUUGAGAAGUUUCCAGGAUUGUCUGCUUUUAUUCAUCAAAUCAUUUUAAAUUCCAAUUGACGUUUAUUUUCUGUGUGGUGAAAACUUCAGCAGCUAUUUGGCAAGUUAAUAUGAGUCUGUUUGUGACAUCCAUCAUGUUCUCUUCUCUAAGGCAUAAAUGUUCAUAGUAACAACCAAACCCGGAAGUACAGACGAGACCAGAGCGAGUCAGUCAACCUUACAGUAUAAAACCCAGUCCUGCCAGGAACCAGAAUGACUUUUUUUUGUCUCCUAUUUGGAAAAAACCUUUGUGAUUCAGUUUAAAAAGAGAGUGAAAUGACCUGGUUCUAGUUUGGCUGGUGUUCAUGUGACGUGGCGCUCAAAGUUCAGAGUCAAACCUGAUUGUUUCGUCAAAAGUUCCCUGUUACAUUGUCAUCAUGGAAUGCGUUUCGUCUGGUAUCAAGGGAUAAUAAACAAAAUGCUGGGAGUAGUCCCUGAUAGGUGUCAGAUCUAAACAGUGACAACAGUGACCCUUUUGUAAACAGGAGUUCCUUCAUUGACAGGGAAUAGUCUGUUUCUGAAAGGUUCCUAUAAUGAAUCGUCUCAUCCCUGAUCGGGUUGUCAACAACAAGCCAAAACUGUCUUCAGGGGUACAAAGUUCACGGCUGCGUGUCAAUUUCCAUAUUGUGUGCGCUUGUUGGUCACAAUUCAAAAUCUAUUAACAGCGUCGUCGACACGUCCUGACUGAGGCCAGCCCACCAAAUUAUUUGAAAAGGAACUUAGUAAAGAGACUCCUCCCAAAAAUAAGACCAGAAAGCAGAACAGGUUCAAAAAAGGGAAUGAAUAGGACGAACGAGGGAAGUUUGUUUAGAAAGGGCUCUCAAAAUAUGUGCCUCUUCACACCUCAACUGUUCAUCAGUUUUAUUAUUUUUGCUGCCUAGAAGAGCUCCUUCUUCUUUCGAGAUGGCCAGAUAUAUCUGCUGGCCACUUCUCCUUUGCUAUAAUAUCGUUGGUAGUAUCUGUUAGGGUCAUCUGCUUUUGUUCUUAGUGACUUUGUUUACAUGGACGGCUGCAGGCAGAGAAUGAUGUCACAGUCAGUGGGAAGAAGACAAACUAGUUUGAGUGACGUGUUUCCUGUGGCCUUCAUCUCAGUGUAAGUGAUCUGGAUUCCUUCUCACUCCUUGUCCAUUUGGAGAGGGACGUUGCAACAACCAACUGGGGAAAUUCUACAUGGAAAACAUUUUGCUGUGUUAAAAUAAACUUGGAUAGAUUUGUCAGAAUAGACCAGAAGGAGCCUUUCUAUAGCUUAAAAAACGGAAGCAAUGAAAGCAGGAAACACCGACCGUAAUUGUCAUGCAAACAAAACAGAAAUGAUGAGCCGCAGAACUCGUGAAGCUUAAACAAAGGUCAGCACAAGUCUUCAGUUCUGUUGCAUUCACCGCCUUAGUCAGCCACCCAUGUAAACAUAAACUGAUGAAUUCAGUAGUGUUUCUGACUAAUAGUAGGGAUUAAAGGGAAAGUUGUUUGUCAAAUCAAUGUCAGCUAGUUGAUCAUCACAAAGGGUAAAGGAAAGAUAAUUCAUGACAUUAUUAGUUGCAGUGAUUACUCCACUAUAUUGUGCCUUUAUUUUUUUCCAUUGAUGUGUGGUGUCGUGUAACCCGCUCCAAGCCGUCCACAAGAGCCUCCUAAACAGGUCGACUGCAUGAAGAGUUACAGCUCUGUGUUUAUGGUAAACACCACAGAUGCUUCCACCCACUGGUGUUG